UAGUUUUGGCGUUGUUUACAAAACUGAGAACGAGAAAGUAUCACCAUUUUAUAAUUUGACGAUUAUCAAAUCCAACCUUUAACCACUUUGUUUCUUUCUUCACUACCAUCAUCCAUCCAUCCAUCAUGACCAUGAUAUCAUUAGACACCUUCUACUUGGCCUACUACAUCCUUCAUGUCCCCAUCACCAUCUUAAUCGAUUCAUCCAUCGUCAUCCCUCCUCAAUAUCUUUUACCUAUUUCCCAUACUAUUCUUGAUUUUCAUAUUCUGACAAAUAGAGAUAUCUUACUUCUUGAAAAACCAUUAUGGUUUAAAGUAUCUGGAUUUUUCGAAUUAGUAUUUCAAUUACCCUUGUUUUUCUAUUUCAUUUAUAUCUUAUUAAAAAAGAGAAAAACGAUCAAUUAUUAUGUCUUCUCCAUCCUUUAUGGAUUCAAUGCUUCAUUCACUACUUUGAUUUGUUUAGCUUAUGUGUAUACCAAUUCUGCUCAAACCAUGACUUUGACUCCUAAUGAAGUCUACAAUUUGAUUCUGCUUUACAUUCCAUACUUACUUAUCCCAUUAUUGAUCUUAAUUGAUUCCAUAAUUCGAAUCAAUAAAGAAUUCACCAGAGACGCGUACAUACUGUUAAAAUCAUAAACUUUGUAUAUAUAUUUUUUCAUAUCUAAUUAAAUAAAUAAAUAAUCUAAUUAUAUUUUUCAAUUAAUGAAGUGGCUAAUUCGAUAUAUUGAGUUUCAGCAUCUUCUUGACUAGUACCUUCUAAAUCUUUCCAUGCUUGCCAUUUAUAUCUACCUUUUAAAUCAAAAAUACCUGGUUUGGUAGUAGUAUUAUCUCCAACAGUGGCUUGUUUGUAUAAUCCGUAUAAACUUAAUAAUUCAUCAUCGUUUGGACGGGUGGUUAAGUUUUGAACAGCUUCAGCCUAAUGUGUGUGUUAGUUAGUAUGUUGUGUUGAUUUGGGUUGUAAAAAAUGGAUUGAGUGGGGGAAGGCGAAUCAAAACUUGAGGCUAAUUGAAUCAAUUUCAAUC